AUGGUGGUGGAGGUGGAUGGCCUGGUCAACCCGGACAGCCCGGGGGAAGCAACGCUGGAUGGGGAGGAUCAGGAGGUAAUGGUGGUGGAGGUGGAUGGCCUGGUCAACCCGGACAGCCCGGGGGAAGCAACGCUGGAUGGGGAGGAUCAGGAGGUAAUGGUGGCGGAGGUGGAUGGCCUGGUCAACCCGGACUACCCGGUGGAGCUUCAGGCACAGGUCAGCCUGGCCGACCGGGACUACCCGGUGGAGCAUCAGGCGCAGGUCAGCCUGGCCGACCGGGACUACCCGGUGGAGCAUCAGGCGCAGGUCAGCCCGGACAGCCGGGACUACCCGGUGGAGUAUCAGGCGCAGGUCAGCCUGGCCGACCGGGACUACCCGGUGGAGUAUCAGGCGCAGGUCAGCCUGGCCGACCGGGACUACCCGGUGAAGUAUCAGGCGCAGGUCAGCCUGGCCGACCGGGACUACCCGGUGGAGUAUCAGGCGCAGGUCAGCCUGGCCGACCGGGACUACCCGGUGGAGUAUCAGGCGCAGGUCAGCCUGGCCGACCGGGACUACCCGGUGGAGCAUCAGGCGCAGAUCAGCCUGGCCGACCGGGACUACCCGGUGGAGCAUCAGGCGCAGGUCAGCCUGGCCGACCGGGACUACCCGGUGGAGCAUCAGGCGCAGGUCAGCCUGGCCGACCGGGACUACCCGCAUCAGACGCUGGCCAGCCUGGACAGCCUGGAAAGUCGGGACUACCCGGUGAAGCAUCAGACGCUGGCCGGCCUGGACAGCCUGGAAAGUCGGGACUACCCGGUGGAGCAUCAGACGCUGGCCAGCCUGGACAGCCUGGAAAGUCGGGACUACCCGGUGGAGCAUCAGACGCUGGCCGGCCUGAAUAGCCUGGAAAUACCCCAGCAACGGUGCAGCACCGGCCCGCAGCCCGACUGA